AAGCUCUAAGAAACAAAUCUGGAAAGAGAAAAUAUCAAAUGGUGCCGUCCACCUUGCAACAGUAGGAAAUAAGGGACAUGUUAUGGACAGAAAUUUACUUGUGUGUUUCCUUUGUUAUAGAGAAUCUGGCACAAGUCCUUCAUGUUAACACUGAACGGUGUGGCAUCAAGACAUCACUAGGGGAGAAGCCAAGAUGUCAUGCAAUUAUGCUGAAGGACUCAGUAAAUAUGAAAACAAAGGAAAACUUGGAUUGCCAGAGAAAUUUGAUCCUCCUGAGGAGAUAGAGAGGAAAGUACAAGUCCUGGCUGAGUGGAUAAAAGAGUCCACACACACAGUCUUUCACACUGGGGCUGGCAUUAGCACUUCUGCUGGUAUACCAGAUUUCAGGGGUCCGAAAGGUGUUUGGACAUUAGAAAAGGAAGGAUUAAAACCUGACAUAAAUAUAUCCUGGGAUGAUGCUAGGCCAACAUUGACCCACAUGGCCAUUGUGGCUUUAGAGCGUAAUGGAUAUGUGCAGUAUGUGGUCACUCAGAAUAUAGAUGGCCUUCAUCUGCGGUCAGGACUGCAGCGUCAAAAAUUGGCAGAGCUUCAUGGUGACAUGUUUGUUGAUAAAUGCAACUACUGUCAUAGACAAUUUGUAAGAAACACAGCAGCAACAACUGUUGGUCAGAAGAGUGAAGGCAAACCAUGUCCAGGGAAGCGUGGGAAUGGAAGGCGGUGCCGUGGGAAACUGCAUGAUAAUGUGUUAGACUGGGAAGAUGGCUUGCCAGAUGCUGAUCUUGACUUGGCUAUUUCGCAUGCAUGUGCUGCUGAUCUGAGCAUCUGUUUAGGUACAACUCUUCAGAUUGUCCCCAGUGGCAACAUUCCUGUCGAUACAAAGAAACGAGGGGGCAAACUGGUUAUAUGUAACCUUCAACCUACAAAGCAGGAUCGUCAUGCUGAUCUGAUUAUCAACGCCUAUGUUGAUAAUGUCAUGAAGCACCUUCUAGAAUUUUUGGACAUCCCAUUGCUUCAAUAUGACCCCAAUGUGGACCCUAUGAAAUUGACACAAAAAAUGUUACAUGAGUAUAGGAAGACCCACCCAGAAGAUAAUGAUCAGAAUGGCAAAUUGGUGAGCUCUAACCAUAAUGGUUUUGAGCCCAUAGAGUGGACCAUACCAGAAGAGUGGGUAAGUGACAAAGAAUUGGCAGAAAAAGUCAAAGUGAAGAAGGUAAUAAGAAAUAAAAGGCAGAGUAAGCAUACAACAAAUGAUGGUGAUAUAAAAUGCAGUAAGCAAGCAAAAAUUAACUUAAAAAGUGAAUUGCAUACAGAUAAUUGUGGUAGUGAGAAAGAAGAAAGAGAACUUUACUGCAGUGGAAACACAGUGAAUGAUUUAAAUAAUUAUGUAAAAAGUAUGAUCAAAUGUGAUGAUUCAAAGUCAUCAUGGGAGCAAGUAGGAGAACUAAAGGAGGAAGCUCAAGAAAUUAAAAAUGAACAUUCAGUUAGUAAAGCCCAAAAUGGAACAAAUUAAUGAGAAUAGAAAUUUCAUGUUUAAAGGAAAGUGUGCAGGGGAACCACAAAAAUUAAGAGAAAUCAGAUUAAAUAAAAAGUUUUUGGGCAAUUUAAGCUAAAAUGGCUCAUUUAUAUAAGGAUUGUGAGAUUAGUUCUAUUGUCAUGCAUAACUUCCCCAAUAAGUCCUAUUGACUGUGAUAGACCAAAUAAAACAUGUCCUUUUAGACACAUGAUGAGACACAGUAGUGAAGAUAGGAGAUAGUUAAAGUACAGUAAUGUAGUUCUCCAGUGGGUUUCUUCUAUACUUACUAAAAUAAAUGAGUAUAUGCAUCAUCUUUCUGCCAGUAAAUGAAUAAAAAAUUAAUCUUAUGUCAUUCAUACCAGGAAUACUUGUAAAUGCAUUCAAGGUGUAGUUAAGAAAUAAUUAGUCAAUUAAAUAAAAUCAAUCAUCAGAAUAAAGAAGAAUUUUAAGGUAAUGUUUUUAUGAUAAUAAAAUAAUUUUUUGGGCGGUUGAACAAAUAAAUUUUAAGCGUUUUCAUAUCCCACCAACUGGUUCAAUUCAAUAAAACAAACAGUACAGUAUUAAGGAAUUAGGUUCACUGGGGCCUUUGGGGUGUAAAGUGAUUAACUCCAAAUAUUUCAAGAACAACUAACUUUAUAAAGCACAAAAGAUUUUAUGUAGGUCUUCAAGGUGUGACCAUUGUGAUGUAUUCUUAUUGUCCCCUACAUGACAGUGGGAGCAGGUUUCUAUAUAUUCCAUAUACUAUAUAUUGUAUCAAAACAAUGCUGAAUCCCAAAUUGUAUGCAUACUGUACUUUGUUCAGGCAAGUAAAAUAUUGUUUCUUGUGAGGACAGCUUGAGUUGAGGUCAUGAACUCAUAAAAGUGCAAGUUUUUGUCAUCAUCACUGUACUAUAUUUUGUACAUUUAAGGGUAGGAAUUUCAGCAGCUGAGGCAAAGAAUUAGUAAAGUGGUAACUAUUGGAAUGCAAUUGACAGUUCCUGUUCAUAAAGUGUUAAUACUAAUGAACAGUACCAUUUAAAAACAAAUUUCUUCUUUACACAAGUCAGUUGUGUUGAGAGAAAGGCUAUAGGAUGGAAGAUUGAAACUUUGUUUUGUAAUGGUUAUUAUACCUAAAAAACUAAAAUUUUAUGUUGGCAGCAAUUGUUCUGAUUGUUUAAUCCAGGACUUUAAACAUUUGCUAUAUUGACAUGUGGUUGAUGGGCUGAUAACUACCUAUUAUGAUAGAAGAUCUGGAAACGACCAAAACUAACCGAACUAAAUAUACAAAUUCCUGCUUUAAGUCAACUAAUAGCAGUGUGUUUAACUGCUUGAUAACAAAACAAUCAAAGCAAUGGGUUCUCUUUCUUUUUUUAAAGUAUAACAACCACUUUAGUUUUAUAUAUACAGUGGGGUAUGCUAUAACGAAUCUAAUUGGUUCUAGAACCUUGUUCGUUAUAGCAUUCGUUCGU